AUGAAUAUUCUGUUACUCUUAGCAAUUGUUCAUCGUUGCAUAGCUGUUGAACCUCCGCAGCCGUUUGAUUUUGUAGAAGACGCUAUAGUGAAGUACGUCAAUCACAGUGUAGAUCCGUGUGACAAUUUCUAUCGCCAUGUGUGUUCCUUUGAUAGCCCCAAUGAUAUCGCUGUAGCUGCGUUAAAGGAAGUGUAUACUUAUAUCGAAGACAUUCAAAAAAGUUCUUUGUGGAAUCAUUUGGAUAUAGUUAAUUCUUUUAAAAGUUUCGAAUCAAGAAAAAAACUGCUGAGUAGUACAGAGGCUACCAAUGAUUUUCUUAUUGAAUCAGUUAAGACUAUAUGUGAGAAGAAAGACAUGGAUUCCGUGCAUGCUUUGUUAUCUGGUAUUGAUACACUAGAAAAUCGUUUGAAAAAUACAACAAUGAAAAAACUAAGAAGUGAAAGACAAACUGAUAUAGCAGGCUGUAAUUCGUUGUUAGAGACAUUUCGAGAAGUUCUGACUGAAAAAUCAAAGGAUCACGUUAUUACGGCUUGGGAACUCAUCUCAAACUUUCACGAAGCUGCGACAAGUUAUGUCAAUACAGCAAACAGUAUCAAUGCACAUUUAGAAGUUGAUGUUCGGUUGGGAAUUGAGAAAACACGAAAUAUGGUCGAAGAUAUGUUGAAAACGGCGGAAACAUAUAUAGAGAAAACUCCUUGGGUGAAAAAACAAAAUGUUGUCUCACAAGUUAAGAACAUCACAUCACAAUUAAGAAUACAAGACAAUUUUGGCAAAAACUUUCAAAUCGUAACUGAUUUGUUAUUUACUUAUGAAAAUAUCCUUACAAAAGGAAAAGGACAUUUUACCACUGAAAACAAUGCUUACAACGACCAUCCUAGUGUUAGCUUUGGAUAUCCUUACUAUUAUGCCAGUCAAUAUGGAAUCGAACAAGCAACCAAGCUCGGAUAUACUGGAGUCGCUGUUGGACACGAAAUAGGGCACACAUUUUUCGAUGAACAUGACAAACUGCAACACUUGCCGUACUUCUCAAAAAAGGUUGAGGAGUGUGUGCAGAAUCAGUAUAAUGCAACAUGCAUGGAGUUUAAAGAACAUUCGUGUGCUACUACAAAUGAUUUUUUGGAUGAAAAUGGUGCAGAUAUUUUUGGGUUACACCUUGCCUAUGAACAUUUGAAAUCAUAUUACGGUGAAAGAAUAAGAACAAAAAUAGACAGAUUGAAAAUGACAUACGAACAGCUGUUUUUCUAUGCACAUGCAAUCGAUUUUUGUAGUGGCACUUUAUCAUUUGUGGACAAAAAGAAAAAUGGAAAGUAUGAAGAACAUUCCGCAAACAAUGUUAGAGUAAACGUUAUCGUGCAACAUCCAGAGUUCAAGAAAGCUUUCAACUGUUCAGCAGAUUCAAGGAUGAUAAAAUCGGCAACAAAACAAUGUUACAUUUAUGGGAGUAAAGCACCGGAAACAUUGAAAAAGAUAAACAACUGA